CGCCCCGGCGGCGGAGUCAGUUUGGAGCUGACGUCGGCGAAAUGAAAUCGGGUCGCUGCCUUUUCCCUCACAGAAUGGAAGUAGUCGUGGAGGUGAAACGGACUAAACUCGCCUGACUUGCCAGGAAUUUUGAACCCGUCGUCCCUUUUUUUUCCUUUGAGGAUAAGACAACCUUUACAACGAAGCUCAUUUCCGUGGCUGCUCAUCUCACAGUGACACCGUAUGGACGAUGAGGAGGAUGAUGUGUUUGAGCCAGACCCCCACUGCUGGCGCACCGCAUUCAGGGAGAUAAAGUGUGAAGACCGGGGCACACAGACACCCGGUCCUGCCCUGGCACCCGACAACGGUAUGCUGCCCUGUGGAGUCGCAGAGGAGCCCAGACGACUCUUCUACGGCAACGCAGGUUUUCGAUUGCACUUCCCGGCACGCUUUGAGCUCGUUGGGGAUCAGGAAACGAGGCGACAAGAAAGUGAAGGGGAGCAAAACGGGAUGGAGCAGCUACCCCGGCAGCAACCUUUGGCCCGCAGUGUGGAGGCCUGCAUUGGCCAGAAACUCCAGCUGAUAGGAGACCAGUUUCACCGGGAACACCUACAACUGUAUCAUCGAAACCAAAGGAACCAGGGGCGGAUGUGGUGGCGCCUGGCCGCAGCUCUGCUCAGCCUUCUGUUUGACAGGGGGUUCAUUGCUGGGGGAGGUGGAGCAGGACGGAGGUGAGGGGGGUCCCCCCAUCGCUCUGAGGAACUGGACUCCUGAUGGCACUGUUAAAUCUAACACGGGUCUGUUUUUGGGGGGGGAGACAAAGGGUCACCGCGGGACGGAGACAACCAACUUUUAUACAAGGUCGUGUCUUUUUUUCUUUCCAAGAAGAUGCCAUGAUGCUCCGAGAUUCCUCCACAGGAUAUUGAUAUUUUGGUAUACGUGUGGUGUAGUAGUUUUGUACAGUACAUUGUUCUGGUUCAAUUUUUUGCACUUCAACAUGUAUCCAUCUUAAAUGACCUCCACAGACCCUGGGAAUGCCUUAGUCAAUGUCUUCUGCCAGAAUGAGUAUUGAGCAAUUUUGAGAUGAGGCAACAUGAGAUGGUUAGGAAAUGAAAGGAAAUGUGGUGGGGUGAGGUUUUUGUUUUCUGAAGUCUCCCAGGUGACCAGACAGAUUGAUUUACUAAUUUCCAAAGAGGCAACUUCUCUGAACAAAGCAUUUUGCACCUCACCUCAAUGGAACGUUUAUCUUUUCUUUAUUAUUAUUUUUCUUUAUUUUGCUUUGUGUUUUUUGUUUCUUUACUCCUCCAUUCUCUUUGGUAUGGUAUUAUGUUUGAACAUGAUCCCUCAGUAUCAUUCAAAAUAUCAGGAACAAAGUUUCUGCACAUGAAAAGUCUGCACACUGUAAAUUGUAAUUUAAAUAUCUUUUUUUAAUGUGCACAGAUUUUAUGAGGGGAGCCUUUCUUCAGUCACACGCUACAUGUCAGAACAUUUUGACGUCUCAGGAAUAAUCCGGGUAAAGUUUGCAGUACUGAACAUCAGUGACAGGUCAAACAAGCCCGAUUAGCACACAACAGCUAAUACUGAUAUUAGGAAUUGGGAUUAUUGACACUGAAAGCAAAAUUUUCAAAAGUAGUUUGCUGUAAGUAAUAGGUGUCAUGUUAAUUGACAGCACCAAGGAAACAACCCUAAGAGUGCAUAAUCAGUAGUGGCAUAAGAUUACUAAAUAAGUAUUUUAAAGUAAUAUUUCACCCACAAAAGGACCAUUUAUAUACCUUGAAUUUGUUCAGAAAACUUUGUUUUUCUUGCUCCCUCUUCCGGUCACCGGUGACCACGUUAAACAAAAGCAGAACUGUAUUAAAACAUCCUUUUAAAAACUCAAACAACUUCAGCCCUUCAACAGGACUUAAAUUUAAAGCAUAGAUAAGUUUCACUUUAAGUUCCUGUAAACAGGUGCUUUGUUGUAGUUCUGCUGUUGUCAAAUGUUGUCCCCAUGGACUUGAAUUAAUCAACGAUGUUGUCCAUUCUGAGAGUCUUCACUGUGGAGGUAUGUUAAAAUCUUUGACGCCAUACCCAAACAUUUGAAGAGAUCUUCUUUUGUAGAUUCAUUUAAAAUAUGUCAACUACUGGUUUGAUCAUGCGGUUGUGUUAAAUAUUAGUUAUGUUUAUUUUAUUUUAGUUACAAUUGAGUUAUGUUAAUUAAUCUAAUGCCUGUUACUUACUUGUUGUCUGAGAUGUAACACACUAAAGGAGGGCUGAGAAAGGAACGUGAAAAAAAAAUGUGAAAAGAUAUUUAAAUUAAAGUUGUGCUGACUUUUGCAUGUGUUUUAGAGGUCUAGAGCCUGUGCACUAAAUUAGGACAUUAGAGUAAAGCACAUUUGCUCCACUGAGCAAAUCUUAGUAUUGUUAACCUAAAUGGAAACAAAACUAUUGGGCCAAGUCUGCCGUAAUGACUUAAAUUGAAAUGUUUCAACAAGAACACCAGAUCCUCUUUUCUCAGUUGCUCCUACAUUCAUGCUCACAUUUACAAGUUUCCCCUGUGUUUCCUGUGUUCUUUUCAUGUGAUUGUUUUCAGACCUCCAUGCCCUUGAAGUGGAGCUGUGGAUCCACUGUUUUUGCACUAGACGUACACCCUUCAAGAGUUCAGAUUGUUACCACGCUAACCUCUGUCUUGUAUGAAGGUUUUCAGUUAUGACUCUUUUUCUUGCCACAUCAACAUUUCACAUAUAUUCACUCUUAUGUCCAAGACAAAUAAUCAACACUGAGACCUGACUGAAUGCAGUCUGGGAUCUGGAUUGGAUUAUGGAAAUUUCAUGUACCAGUGUUUCUGGCUACAAUAGAGCCACACGCCUCCUAUGAAAGGUCUCUGUCCUGGUUUGUUCCUCACAGCCCGUGUAUGUUCUGAACACCAAACAAUACUGCAAAAUCAAUCUGUGAAACAGAUUGUCUCAGGCUACCUUUACGGGGUUUUACAUCAUUUUAUAUUCUGUUGGGUGAUCUUGUAUUGUCUUUGGUGCUCAGAUCCAGAUUUGGGACAUUUUUAGUACAUAUAACCACUCAGCAGACAAAAAAAGGCAAAAGUGAAAAACUGUACUUAUUGUUGAAAUAUGAAUAUGUUUAAAGACACUGUUGAAGAUGCUGUUUAUAUUUUCCAUUGCUGAACCCAGGCCAACGUUUGGACCCAAGGAGCAGUACAUAUCAGGGGUCUGUAAUUACUUGCUCCUUACAAUGUGUCAAGUUUAUCACUGCAUAAUUAGGGUUUCCUCUCAUUCUCUUCAAGAUGUCUCAGGGACAGACUUUGUGGGCUACUGGUAACCUUGAGAAUCUGUUACAUGGUUAGAAGAAGAGCAGUGUUUUCACCCGUUUAUUCCUGAUGAAUCCUCUCAAGGUUUCGUCAAGUCUCCUAUUUCAAUUUCAGUUUAAAAAAUAUCCUGUCGGCCAAUUUCUCAGCACACACACGUAAAGGUACAGUUUGACUGAGGAGUCUGAGGCAGACUUGCUGACUGUGGUGGUGACGGGGGCUGCUGCGUGUAGAAGUAGGCAUGUGAGGUGCACUGAAUGUGGUUGUGGUUAUAGUUUCCUGCGGAUCCUGAACGCUGAGCCAGUCCCUGUAGCUCCCCGUCUCACCAUUGGCUCUUGACUUCCUCUUUGUGCUGCUCCUUUAUUACAUGGCUAUUGUUCAUCGGUUCAUUUCUCUUUGUAAUUUAUUUUUUUCCUUCUUAUUUAUUUUUGUAUAUUUGCCCAUUUUCUACUGUAUACACCUGUGUGUGCAAUUCUUAUUUUCCUUUUAUUUUGUUUUGGUCUUGGACUUGUAUAUCCUUCAGUUGUUUGACUGUGCAGAGCAGGAUGUCUGCACUGAACCUGACAUAUGACACUCAAUCCAGAUUCUACUUUUUAUGUGUCGCUCAUCUCCUGUAGGCUCUAUGAAAUGUGUAGUUUGGCCCUUUGUGGAAGACAGCAGCUACGGUCAGUUUGAAUUCAUAAUGGUUACAAUGGAUUUCAGUGGUGGCUUGUUUGCACAGUACAUUUACACGUUCAUUGGCCCACUUUUUUGGGUAGGCAUUCUGUCGCUCUUCUACUUACUGCAUUUUACUGUUUUCUAAAUCCCCUUCACUACUGAAAGUAACCUGAGAGCUAACAACCUGUACUCUGAAAAUGGCAAGUUUUGACAAAGAUUUGGACUGUGCAAUAAGACAUGCCUGCUUUGAUCUUUCAGUGAAUUGUUGUAAAGAUCUUGUAAAGCCCAGACCCUGCUUUGCAGGACUCUCAUGCCAGAUGUUGAUCCAUUUUCUGACACGGCUGGUCAGAGUUGAUUUACCACGUCUUUUUUACCCUGGCUGCAGCAUGCAGCAGUGAUAGUUGCUCCACCAAUUUACCGAUUUGUUCCACUUCACACAAGCUUUUGUGAUAUUGACAUAAUAAUGUUUUCCAAAAGCUGUCUAAAGCCAGCAAAUCAUCUGUGGUUUUAACAGGUCUAGUAAGCUCCUCCAGAAAUUAAGUAUGGUCAUGUUUUGCCUCGGGGGCAGCGAUUAUCAAAUUAUGUCUAUUUAUCAGUAGAAGUUGAAUCACACAGUUGACACACAUGUGUAACAGUUUUUUGUGGUGUUCUCUUUUGUGGAGAAUUAUCCAUUUUAAUAUCAGUGCUUGCCUCCCCACAUGCAAAUGUUCCACCAAAAUAAGUUCCUCCACGACACUAUUUUACAAGAGCGCUGUCGCUGCAUCUAAGACUUGGCGCUGCCCGAGACAAUUUUGGUUGGUUUAAAGAAUUACAAACAAGCCAAAUCGUCUUUUUUAUAUUAUGUGCUUCCAGACCGUUCUUAGGUAUGUCUGGAAGCCACAGACUAUUGUUUGGCCCAAAUUGCCUGCUCCUGUCAGCGCUUCACAACUUUAAGGAGGAUAGUAUUGUGUAGAGGAAGUAGUGUAUUCAUCCAUGUAUCCAAAACGUAACUGUUAUUAUGAUUGGAAUACAUUGUAACCAACGUGAAUUCACCAUGACCACAGCUGCUGCCCUUUAUGAAGUAGAAAACCUCACCUUUCAAGCCUAGAGGAUGGGUGUUUGAUACUCAAAAAAUAGAUUUUGGGUGGAGUAUUUCGCAUAAAAGGUUGUGAUUUACCAGGGAAGGGCUCCAACCAAAUCAGACCUUUUUCAUUAUCUUCCACCACCCGAUUCACCAGUCAUCAUGGGUAGAUUCACAAAAUGUGGUUUAGACAAGCAGCCGCUACGAUGCAGUUUAACCUUUCAACAGGAUGUGACCUUUCCUUUGUAAUUAAUGAGUCAGUAUGCAUCCCACCCAUUGCUAAUGAUACACACAACAUUAGAAAUGCUUCAAAACACACAGAGAGAAAAAAAGUUGCCUUUUUAUCAAGUCACAGGACGUUUGUUUAUGUGUUCGUUUCUUUAGUCUUGAUCAUUGUGUUGUAAUCAACAUGCACUGGAAAGUACUUUGUUUCUGUAGAUCCCAUGGGUCCCUUAUCUGUUGUGGGUUAAUGUAUAGUAUAUACUCUGGAUUCUUCUCUUGGGCUAGUCUUGCCAUGUGCCAGACGUAUAUCUGUGCAUUGACCAAGUAGGCUUGGAUUGUUGGCCUGUUUGAUUUAUUGGAAAGGGAAGCAAGCCACCAUGGUGCCCUGUAUACUUUUGUUAGGAUGACGUUCCCAUGCUGCACUCAUCACAUGAUACGUGAGUGUGGAGAAUCCCUCGAGUGGGACAUGUAUUUUAUGGAAACCGUCAGUGUCUUGAAUUUUGUAGUCCACUUUAUAUAAAUUUGAAGUUUUUUGAGGAAGGUUUUGAUUUAGAUUUUUUUUAACGAUAACGUUUCUUCUUCAUGGUCUUUCUUAACUUUUUAAAAUGUAUUUUCUUAAGAAAAAAAGGGUCUGCUUUUAUAAGGACAGAUCACUGCUUGUAAAAUAAUUUUUAAUGCGAGUAGGAUCCUAUUUGAAGUCCAUGAGAUCAAGGGCAUUUUUUAAUAGAAAAAUGAACUUGCAACAUUCCUUGCACAUCUCAUCGUGGUGUAUAAACAAAACCAAGCAAACCAAAAUGACUCAUGGUUGUGGUUCACUUGGCUCAUGAGCUAUGGAGUAUUUGCCCUUCUUUAGAGAACAGAUAAAGUGUACAUGUAUUUCUAAAAACCCUGGAAUAUGCCUUUAACUGCUCAGUUUCAACGAAGUCUUGAUUAUCACACACUCUCUGUAUACCAAGAAAUGAGACCCAGCGAAAAUGUAGCAUUUUUGUAAACAUUGACUGUGUGUUUUCGAGACUCUACUGUGCACUCAUUUUUUGUGUUUAUAUAUAUUUUUUGGUUGUUGAUAUAAUAUGGAAGUAAAGACAAUUUGUUAUGUAGUGCAAUAUGCUGUACAUAUGGAGCUUUGCUCUACAAAUCUUUUUUUCUGGAUUUCUUGUUGUUUAUUGGUACUUUUUUUCAAUAAAAUUUUAUUGAA